ACCCCUACUUACAUCCGAUACCAUCCAACGACCCCCCACAUAGUCUCCUGCUAUGGAUGAAGAAUACGAUGUUAUUGUGUUGGGAACUGGGCUGACUGAAUGCAUUCUCUCAGGUUUGCUCUCUGUAGAGGGGAAGAAGGUUCUCCACAUGGAUCGUAAUGACUACUACGGUGGCGACAGCGCCAGUCUUAAUCUGACCCAGCUCUAUCGCAAGUUCCGACCAGACCAAGCCCCACCAACAGCGCUAGGCCGUGAUCGUGAUUACGCCGUCGAUCUUGUUCCCAAGUUUAUUAUUGCGUCCGGGGAACUCACUAAAAUCCUUGUGCACACCGACGUCACCCGUUAUCUUGAAUUCAAGCAGAUCGCUGGGAGUUUCGUUUAUCGAGAUGGCAGGAUUUCUAAAGUCCCCAGCACAGAAAUGGAGGCUGUGAGGAGCCCCUUGAUGGGUCUCUUUGAGAAGAGACGCGCGAAGAAGUUCUUCGAGUUCUUGCAAGGAUGGAAGGACGAAGACCCUACAACGCACCAAGGAAUUAAUCUGGACAAAGACAGCAUGAAGACUGUUUAUGAGAAAUUUGGACUGGAGCCUGGAACUCAGGAUUUUAUCGGUCAUGCGAUGGCUCUCUACUUGGAUGACGACUACAUCACAAAGCCUGCUCGUCCAACCUAUGACCGCAUCAUCUUAUAUACCUCAUCAAUGGCACGCUACGGAAAGUCUCCGUAUAUCUAUCCACUCUAUGGUUUGGGAGAGCUUCCCCAAUCCUUCGCUCGCCUCAGCGCUAUAUAUGGUGGAACCUAUAUGCUCGAUAAGCAGAUUGAUGCAAUCGUCACUGACGCGGAUGGGAAAUUCGUCGGCGUUACUAGCGGAGGCGAGACCGUAAAGGCUAAACAAGUGAUCGGUGACCCCAGUUACUUCGGUGCUGGUAAAGACGGGGAAGGUGGAAAGGUCAGGGUUCUUGAAGAAGGCAAGGUUGUUCGGGCCAUAUGCCUCCUCAAGCAUCCUAUCCCUGGAACCGACGAUAGCGAUAGUUGUCAAAUCAUCAUUCCUCAAAAUCAAGUUGGCAGGCGUAACGACAUCUACAUUGCAACGGUCUCUUCAACACACAAUGUUUGCGCUAAAGACGUUUUUGUUGCCAUCGUCAGCACAAUCGUUGAAACCGACAAGCCAGAGCUUGAAAUAGCCCCGGGUCUCAACCUUCUAGGACCUAUCCACGAGAAAUUCGUCACCAUAACUCCCUUGUACACACCCACAAGCACGGGUACAUCUGAUAAUAUCUUCAUCACUCGGUCUUAUGACGCGACGUCCCAUUUCGAGACCGUCGUUGAAGACGUCCAAGACGUUUUCAAGCGAGUAACCGGGACUGAUCUAGUAUUGAAGAAGCGCGAAGUCGAAGUCACAGAGUAGGAUUCGCCAAAUCCGUUGGCACCUUGUAUCAAUAAUUUUUUUUCAAGAAAUACAUCAUGAGGGGAAUUCGUGCUUGC